AUGGUCGUCCAGGGGGGCUACGGGAUGUUUUACCAGUGGACGGACGCUCGUCUGGCUGCACUGAUACCCGACCUUGGCUCCGAAGAGCUGGCCGAAGGCUACGCGAUGUCGUGGCCGACAGAUUUCUCAUCUGUAGAACUGCCUGAGGGCGGUAUCUUUGCCCCGUUUUCCGUUUCAAGAGCGUCGGACUCGCUCCAGAGAGUUGACACCUAUGUCUUACAUAUGGAUGGUUCGUCCAGCAUCAACGUGGUCUAUACAUACUCCUCUUGGAAGACUGCGCAGCCCAAUGUUCUGAGAGAAGUCGACUCUGACACAGACAUUGCCUGCCUCACGAUGGCAACCACGUAUCUUGACUUCUUCUAA